AUGCGCACCUCCGCAGCCUUCCUCUUCCUCGCCGCAGCUGGCCAGCUCCGGUCUGCUCUGGGCGCUCCUCUUCCCGGCGUCUUGGACGACAUCGCGGGCAUCCUCACGGGCGGCGAUGGCGUCGGCGAGAUUGGCCUCGGCACGGGCGAAACCUCCGAUGUGGCAGUAACGCCCGUGUCGCAGGACGAGAUCACGAGCGCCCUUGUCCGCCCGGCGCUGUUUGCGCGCUCGGUGUACUGCUCGUCCGAGGCCGUCGCGGCCCUUUCGUGUGGCGAGCAGUGCGACGCGCUCGGGGACGUCGAGAUCCUCAAAACGGGCGGCGACGGAGCCGAGACGCCGCGGUUCUUCGUAGCACACGACAAGGAACAGGAGGCUAUCGUCGUCGCGCACCAAGGCACGGACCCGAAGAAGCUGCUCUCGGAUCUGAACGACAUCAAGAUCCUCCAGGUCGCCGUGAACCUCACUAACCUGCCAAACGCACCUGACGAUGUCAAGAUUCACGAUGGCUUCCAGGACGCACAGGAACGGACGGCGGGUGACGUGCUCAACACCGUGCUCUCCGCACUGGCCUCGACGGGGGUGAAGAAGGUGCUCGUGACGGGCCACAGCCUCGGCGCGGCAAUUGCGACUAUCGAUGGGAUGAUGCUGAGGAUGCAGCUGGACGAGAGCAUAGCAGUGACCACCACGGUCUUUGGCCUGCCCCGCGUCGGCAACCAGGCGUGGGCCGACCUUGUCGACUCGACCUUGGGCGAUAACUUCAAGUUUGUCACGAACCAGAACGACCCGGUGCCGCAGGUGCCGCCUCACCUCCUCGACUACCAGCACCCGAGCAACGAGAUCCACAUCACCGCCGUCGACGCGUCCGGGCAGACCGCGACGGCGCAGGCGUGCCCUGGUCAGGAGAACGAGAACUGCGUCGAGAGCCUGAGCCUCAUCAACGCCAAGAAGAUCAACCACAACGGGCCGUACUUUGCCAACAUCAGCAUGGGCAACAAGUUCUGCACGGCGUAG